UGAGGAAGGAAGCCAACAGCUGAGUUAGACUUGGGGAGGAAAUCUUUUUCUAGAGAGAAUGUUCUUAUUUCUAGAUUCACCACAGACUUGUGUAUUGUAUGUUGUUCUUAUUGCUAGAUUCACCACAGACUUGUGUAUUGUAUGUGUUUUUGGCAGGCAGGAAAUACUUUCAUACAAUGGGACUGGUGCGUGUUGUGUGUGUGUGCGUGCACACACACACACACACACACACAUGUUUUAUCUAUCUGUAAUUUACCCAGUAUAUGGCUCAUCUUUGCUUGAGCUGGGAGACUUGGGUUCUGGGUGUUAGCCUUAUAGGCCCUUCAGACCAUCUCUAUCUCCUUUUCUUUUUUUUUCUUUUCUUUUCUUUACUUUUCUUUUCUUUUCUUUUUUUCUCUCUUUCUUUCUCUCUUUCUUUCUUUUUUCUUUCUUUCAAGAUUUAUUUACUUAUUUUAUGCAUAUGAGUACGUGUACAUUGCUCCGUUCAGGAACAUCAGAAGAGGUCAUCAGACCCCAUUACAGAGCCACCAUGUGGUUGCUGGGAUUUGAACUCAGGACCUCUGGAGGAGCAGUCAGUGCUCUUAACCGCUGAGCCACCUCUCCAGCCCCAGUUUUCUCUUUUCAAUGAGUAGGUUAUGGUGAUUGAUUCCAAAGGGCUUUUCCAGCCCUGACACACUCAGCAUCCUGCCUGAAUGUAGAGCCCUCACCCCGGACUUUCUUGAACAACUUGAUUUUGGGGUCUCUUUGUUCUUAUGGCUCAGUCCUUCACACCAGCUUCUGCAGAAGUGUGAAAUUUGGCUUUUUUUGGAAAUUGCAUGUUACUCACUGGAAAUGCAGGAAGGAAGCUUGCUCGUGAAGUGCACUUAAAAAAAAAAAAAGGCGCACACAGAGCAAGAAACCACAGGGCCUAUCAGCCUGUCGUCAUCAAGCAGACUAGAAUAGUGUAGAAAAACUCUAGUCAGAGAGGAAAUGAACUAGAGAGAAGGGGGAACAGGCCCAGAAGAGAGAAGAGAGAGGGCAGAGGCAAUGGCAGUGGGGAGCUGAAGCUGCGAUGGUCAGGAUGGAGGAGCCAGCUGUGAAGCAGGGCUUCCUGCAUCUUCAGCAGCAGCAGACCUUUGGCAAGGUAAGAGUAAGGCUGGGCUCUCGCUGGGCGGAGCAGCUUGGGGGAGGGCCCUGUUACUAUCCCGGGUAGAAGGGUGUCUUAAUAUCCCUGACCCUUAUGAGACCAUGUGCUCCACCAGUUUAGACAAGAACACUACUUGGGGAAGAUGUCUGCCUUCUCAACGUGCCUUGCCUUCUAAACCAGGCUCUGGAUCGCUCUUUGCUGAGGGCUGUUUGUCCUUGCUUGUGGGGGAGGAAGCAGAUUCUGACAUUAUCUCUCUCUCUUUUUGUUCCCUUGCUCAGUAUUGAAUUUGGGGGUACCUUGGGCGGGUACGGAAGGAAGAGUUGGGGGCCAGUCAGUUUGGGAUGACAGCAGAGGUCCCUCUCACCUUUGACUGCUACUGAGCUGUGGCCCCAGGGUGUUCCAACCUCUUCCUUCCCUAGCCUCUUUGAAGGGGAAGCUCUUCUGCCUCCUGCUGUUACCCAGCUGUGCUUACCCCAACACCCACCUCACCCUGUCUAGGUCUCUGUUUCUUUGUUUGUCUCUCAUGGUCCAACUCCUUAAUCAGUGAGACAAAAAAGGAGAGGAGGUGGGAAAUUUUGGAGCCAGAACCUUCCUAUGAAAUGAAGACUUGUCCCUGGUCUAGGCUACUCUCCCCUCACUGUUCAUCUCUGGGCUCAGUGACUUUUGUUCCCACUACCUGGCUGAUGGGCCUGUCAUCUUCCUGGACUCUGCAUCCAUUGGACAUUUACUGUGGCCUUUGGCUAGCCUGCGGAUCUUGGUCAGCUCUGUCAUUCCAUGGUCUCUGUUGUCUUCUCGGGCCUCUCUGACUGGCUGUGAUGUUUGCCAUUCUCCCCAUCCUGUGUGGCUGCCCCAGCCCCUCUACCUCUCCCACAGUUCCUCUUCUCCCCUUUCAUGACCAUCUCUCCAUCUCCGAUGGUUCCCACUUGGCCUCUACGUGGCAUACCUGGGCUCAGAAGUGGCGCCGGUUCGCAGCCGUGUUAUAUGGAGAGUCUGGCUGUGCCCUAGCCAGACUAGAGCUCCAGGAUGUCCCCGAGAAGACACGGCGAGGAGAGGCCACUCGGAAGGUUGUCCGCCUCAGUGACUGCUUACGGGUAGCAGAGGUAGGCAGUGAGGCCAGCAGCCCCCGGGACACCAGUGCCUUCAUCCUGGAGACCAAGGAGCGCCUGUACCUACUGGCAGCCCCCUCGGCAGAGCGCAGUGACUGGAUACAGGCCAUCUGCCUGUUGGCUUUCCCGGGGAGUUCUUCCUUAAGGGAGCCCAGUUUGAAGUGCACCCAGAACCAGCUGGCUGGGUGUGCACUGAAAGCGAAUGUCAGAGAGCCUUGGGGUGGGUUCUGGUGCUAAGACCCGGGACCUGCCUCCUCAGGGACAGAGGAAAGGGUCACCAGGACUGGAGGAAAAGAGCGGCAGUCCCUGCAUGGAGGAGAACGAGUUGUAUAGCAGCUCCACCACAGGGCUCUGCAAGGAAUAUAUGGUGACCAUACGACCCACAGAAGCCAGUGAGCGCUGCCGGCUCCGAGGGUCCUAUACUCUCCGGACCGGGGUGAGUGCCCUGGAGCUGUGGGGUGGCCCUGAGCCAGGCACACAGCUAUAUGACUGGCCCUACAGGUUUCUUCGACGCUUUGGGCGUGACAAGGCAACUUUUUCCUUUGAGGCUGGCAGACGCUGUCUCUCUGGAGAGGGCAACUUUGAGUUCGAAACACGACACGGCAAUGAGAUCUUCCAAGCCUUAGAAAAGGUCAUUGCUGUCCAGAAGAAUGCCACCCCUUCCGGGCCUCCAUCCCUGCCAGCCACAGGGCCCAUGAUGCCCACUGUGCUGCCUCGACCUGAAAGCCCCUAUUCCCGGCCCCACGACUCUCUGCCUUCUCCAUCCCCUGGCACACUGGUGCCUGGCAUGAGGCCAGGGGCCCCUGAGGGGGAGUAUGCCGUACCCUUUGAUACGGUGGCUCACUCCCUGAGGAAGAGCUUCAGGGGCCUCCUGACGGGCCCCCCUCCACACCUUCCCGACCCACUGUAUGACAGCAUUCAGGAGGAUCCUGGGGCCCCUCUACCUGACCAUAUAUAUGAUGAGCCUGAGGGUGUGGCUGCCCUGUCCCUCUAUGACAGGACACAGAGGCCCUCAGGGGAGACAUGGAGGGAGCAGGCCACUGCCGAUGGGGGUCCCAGCUCCCUCCAGCAAGACUCCUCUGUGCCUGACUGGCCACAGGCAACUGAGUAUGACAAUGUCAUACUUAAAAAAGGCCCAAAGUAGGGGAUGGCCAGAAGAUGGGAUAUGUGGUUCCCAGGGAGGUCUUCGGAAGCUGUGGAGGGGAAAUGGUGGCUUCUGGUAGAGUCCUUUUGGUUACUGCCCCUUCCUGGGCCCCAGGCUCGGUGUGCCUUAUUUGUGUACUGUGUGAGUCACUAGCCUGGAGCAGAAAGAGGGCCCUGGAGGGACCCACCCUCCUCCUACACUUUUCCACUUCCUCCCACUGCCUUGGGUCUAAAGGGAACUGGGGCCAUUUCUCUUAAGAGACAAAGGGUUUCCACAGAUGUCCUGGCUCCUCGGUGUGGGCAGGCCUCCUGCCUAUAGAUGUUUUGUUCCUGGGACAACCCUGGCUUCUGGUUAGCAGCGAGAGUAGCUGUUGUCCCUCUAGCUCCCAGAGUUUUCUAUACAUUAAACCAAUUUCGAACUA